AUGUCUAUCGAUCAAUCACUGGUGUCCAUUAUCCCAGUGGAAGGGUAUUUUGACCUGGGAAAACACACUUGCCCCAUCAGCACGAAAAGCCAGGAGGCCCAGAUUUGGUUCGAUCGUGGCCUUAUUUGGUCCUAUUCCUUCAAUCAUGACGAGGCAUGCCGAUGUUUCAAACAGUCCUUAGCCCAUGAUUCAACCUGCGCUAUGGCAUAUUGGGGACUUGCCUAUGCUGCUGGGCCAAAUUACAACAAAUCCUGGCCCAUGUUCGACGCCGUUGAUCUUGGGAAGAGUCUCAAAGAAUGCUACCAUUUUGCGAAGAAGGCCCAUGAGUUGGCAGACACCGGCAACCUCUUGCCCGUCGAAAAAGCAUUGAUCAAUGCUAUUCAGACUCGAUUUCCGGCCGACGCCUUUCCGGGCAUGAACUUCUCGGAGGUUGAUAAGGCGUACGCUACAGCAAUGAGGUCGGUUUACGAAGAAUUCGGAACCAGCGACCUCGAUGUGACAGCCUUGUAUGCCGACGCUCUGAUGCAUACCUCGCUACGCAAGUUCUACCAUGUGAAGUCUGGACUCCCUAUCGAGGGAUCCCCUGUUCAUCAAGUAAGGGCAGUCUUUGAUCAAGCAUUCCAAAAUCCAAAGUCAGAAACGCACCCCGGCCUACUUCACUUCUGGAUUCAUUUCAUGGAGAUGUCACAUACGCCUGGUAUUGCACUGCCAGGGGCAGACAGACUUCGCCAUCUUGUUCCAGAUGCAGGCCACAUUCACCACAUGCCAACCCAUCUUGAUGUAUUAGUUGGUGAUUACCGUCGGGCUGUCGAUUCAAACACAUCUGCAACGAUUGCAGACGAGAAAUAUCUUGCGAAAGAAGGUGGCAAAAACUUCUACAGCUUCUAUCGAUUGCAUAAUUACCAUUCGCUGAUCUAUGCUGCAAUGCUAUCUGGCCAACGCCAAGUGGCACUCAGAGCAUUGGACCGGAUGGAAAAAUCAAUCACUGAUGACCUCUUGCACGUUGAAUCGCCACCCCUAGCAGACUGGAUGGAAUUCUUUAAAGCUGUUCGAGUUCAUGUCUACAUUCGAUUUGGCAUGUGGAAUGAAAUCAAAGCCCUCCCACUCCCCGAUGACCAGGCUCUCUAUUGUGUGACGACGACAAUGACUCACUACGGCAAAGCAAUCGCGUGGGCAGCAACUGGAAAUUUGGAUCAGGCAGAUACAGAAAAGGAACUAUACCAUGCGGCUUCCAAGACAGUGCCACCGACGCGCAAAGACUUCCCAAACCUCAUUUCGGAUGUUCUCAAGGUUGCUACCUCGAUGCUGGACGGAGAGAUUGAAUAUCGCCGCCAAAAUUAUGAUCGCGCAUUUGCGAGCUUGAAAGAAGCUAUCCAACACGACGAUGCUCUUCGUUACACAGAGCCCUGGGGCUGGAUGGUCCCGACCAGGCAUGCCUAUGCGGCUUUGUCAAUUGAGCAAGGUCGAAUUGAAGAGGCAGCCCAGGCAUACGCAGAAGACCUUGGCCUAGAUUGUUCCCUCACACGGGCUCAUCAGCACCCGAACAACGUCUGGGCUCUCCAUGGCUAUCAUGAAUGCUUGGUCCGUCUGGGCAGAAAUGCCGAGGCGGUCAUAAUUAAACAACAACUAGACCUUGCUCUCUCGAUCGCAGAUGUUCCUAUUGAGUCGUCUUGCUUCUGUCGAUUGGAAAAAUCGUCUUUAUCUUGUCACAAUUGA